AUUGGUUUCCAGUCAUCAGCAUCUUCUGGCUGCUUCUGAAACUCUUGACAUAGGCAGUCAAGAUGGUGGAAUACAUUACACAGUAACUGUUAGCAACAGUUUAUUUUUUUCUUAAUAUUCUGAAUGUGAACAGUCAUUUUUAGGACGGGGAUGCGUUAAAUAUAUUUUUUUUUUAGUUUUGUUUAGAAUCAGUGAGGUGUCAUUUCUCCCGUUUUAUUUUAUUUUUGGCUUAGAUAACAUUCCUUAGAGCAGGCCAGACAGAGUCGGCCUCUCUAGAAUGAUUAUGAAGAAAACGCGAAAUGGAGAAUUGCUCCUCUUGUCUGUAUUAGUAACGAUUCUUGGACUAGCAGAUGUUUCUAAUGGGCAAUGUGCAGGAUGUUCACCUCCAUGUAUUUGUCCAGGCAUCAAAGGAUUACCAGGAGAGAAAGGCUUGCCUGGUCUAAGAGGAUCAGAAGGUUUUCCUGGUCAUCCAGGACCAGAGGGACCACCAGGUCCACCCGGCAGGAAAGGAAAUGCUGGUGAACCUGGUGCUGAAGGGCCUAAAGGAUUUAGGGGUCCAAAUGGUUUGGAAGGAUCUCAAGGCAAUCCAGGAAAUGAUGGUCAAGAUGGUUUGGAGGGACCUAUGGGUCCUGAUGGCUUCCCAGGAUGCAAUGGUACUAAGGGUAUAAGAGGUCUACCAGGUCCGUUUGGGCCUGCUGGUCCUAGAGGAGAGCCCGGUGUACAAGGCUUUAAUGGCAUGAAGGGUGACCCUGGAGAAUUUUUAGGCUUUGUAACAGCCAUGAAAGGUGAACCAGGUGUCCCAGGGCGUCGUGGUCUGACUGGUCUAAGAGGCUUGAAAGGUGACAGUGGUCCUUAUGGUCCUCGUGGUGAUCCAGGUCUUGAUGGUAUACCAGGUAAUGAUGGAUUCAAAGGUGAUAAAGGAGAUAUUGGCUUUUCACCUGAGCCAAAGGGAGGCCAGCCAGGUGACAAGGGUGAACCAGGUGAUCCUGGUGUAGCUGGGUAUGAAGGCAAAGAUUUAAAUAUCACAAGUCCUAAAGGUGAAGUAGGUGUACCUGGUGAACAGGGCCCCCGAGGGCCGGAAGGUGAUCCAGGUGAUCCUGGACUACCAGGAGAUCUGGGACCCCAAGGACCAAAAGGUGUAACUGGACUACCUGGUAUGCCAGGACCUUCUGGACGCCCUGGUAAGCGUGGUAAGGAAGGUCCACAAGGUCCAUAUGGCCUGAAAGGUGAGAGUGGAGACCCUGGUUUUCCUGGAGUAGAUGGCAGAGAUGGGAUUAAGGGUAUGAGAGGAGAGGAUGGUUUUAAAGGAAGACAAGGACCUCAGGGUGACCCGGGACCUCAAGGCCCUUAUGAAGAGGGUGUAAAAGGUGCCCCUGGACCAAGAGGAAGAAAUGGUGACCCUGGUGACAGAGGCAUUCCGGGGGAAAUAGGUUUGCCUGGAAAGGAGGGGCCAAAAGGUGAUGCUGGAUUACCUGGCUUUCCAGGAAGGGAUGGACCACGAGGCUUGCAAGGAGAUCCAGGAACAUCUAGAAAAGGAGACCGAGGAUAUCCGGGUGAAUACGGUAGGGAUGGCUUAGAUGGAGAUCCUGGAUUACCUGGAUUACCUGGAGACCCAGGUAUGCCCGGAGCACCUGGUGAUAAUAUUGCAGGCCAAAUAGGUGGAAGGGGCCGCAAGGGUUUGACUGGUCUACCAGCUCAAAUUGGACCAUCUGGCGACUCUGGUGACAGGGGAGAGAAAGGAAAAGCAGGCAUAGGAUUUGACAUUAUUGGACCACCUGGACCACGUGGGCUUCCUGGAGAUAGAGGUGAUCCAGGUCUCAAUGGAGAGGAUGGAAUUCCUGGUCCUUAUGGUACAAAAGGUGAACCUGGUGAUGAUUGUGAGCUGUGCCUGGAUGGACAAGACGGUGAACCAGGCGAAGUCGGAGAUGUGGGCACCCCAGGGACCAAUGGUCGCCCUGGAUUCCAAGGUCCUAUUGGCUUGAAAGGUGAACCUGGAAGUCCUGGGUUAAAAGGUCUAAGUGGUCUGAACGGACCUCCAGGAAAACGGGGCCUGCCAGGAGCUGCCGGAGAUGACGGACCUAAAGGAAAAAGAGGUGAUGUGGGAACCAGAGUUUUAGAUGAAGAAAUUUAUCAGGGUCCCCCUGGUCUAAAAGGUGACAUUGGCUACCCUGGUCCUCCAGGUCCUGAUGGGCCUAUGGGACUAGUUGGUGAACGUGGUUUAGACGGUGUGUUUGGAAAUCCAGGUCAAAUGGGUGAUGAUGGAGAUUUAGGUGAUCCAGGCCUGGAUGGAGAGGAUGGUAGAAAUGGAAUUCUAGGUGCAAAGGGUGACAAGGGAGAAACUGCUUAUGGAAGGAAAGGAGAAAAAGGCAUUCGUGGUACUGUAGGGAUGGAUGGUAGCAAAGGUCUUGAUGGUGCAAAAGGUCUGAGGGGUGAUCCUGGCAACAGAGUAGAUGGAGUUAAAGGAGAACCAGGCUUUCCUGGUUUAAAUGGUAUUCCUGGAUUACCUGGAGAAUCUGGUGAACAAGGCCUACCAGGAGAAGAUGGGGACUUUGGAUUAGAUGGCUUCCCGGGCGAAAUAGGACGUAUAGGAGACCAGGGAGAAGUUGGUCCAAAGGGCUUUGAGGGUCCAGAUGGACCUAAGGGCUAUAAUGGUAUCCCUGGAGAGGUUGGUCUUCCUGGUUUACCAGGUUUGAAAGGAUCUAAAGGAGACGCAGGCUUACCUGGAGUACCUGGCUGGAAGGGCUCAAGGGGUCCACCUGGAGAUGAGCCUGUCUUAACUUCAGCCCUAAAAGGUCCCAGAGGAGAUCCAGGAAGAAUCGGUUUUAAGGGUGAGCCCGGACCUAGAGGAAGACCUGGACUUGAAGGAGAAAUGGGGCCCCUGGGUGCCCCUGGUGAAAAAGGCAAUGCUGGUCGACCAGGAUUCAGAGGAAUAACAGGUCGUCCAGGAGAACCGGGCCCAGUUAUUUUCGGCCCUCAAGGACCAAAAGGCUUUCCUGGCGAUAGAGGAGAUGAAGGAGAUCCAGGUUUCCCAGGUGAGAAUGGAGAAGAUGGACUGCCAGGUAUCGCUGGUAAGCCAGGAGGGGAUGGAGAUGACGGGAAAGAAGGGCGCUCUGGACCUCCUGGAGAUAGGGGAUUGGAUGGCUUCCCUGGAGAACAAGGUGUAGAUGGCUUACCUGGAAUAGACGGUGAAAGAGGAAUGCCAGGAGAUAGGGGAAUGCCAGGAGGACCUGGUGUAACAGGAAUUACUGGUGAAUUUGGCGAACCAGGGGAAGAUGGUUUAACUGGUGAUGACGGUAUCCCUGGAUAUCCAGGCUUACAAGGAAUGGAGGGACUUGUGGGUAUGCCUGGCGAACCUGGUGAGGAAGGUGUACCAGGAACGAAUGGAGUACCUGGAAGCCGGGGUGAUGAUGGACUUCAAGGUUUCCCUGGGGAUCCAGGAUAUCCUGGUAGUAAUGGUGAUCCAGGACCUGAGGGACCACCGGGCAGGAUGGGAAGAAAAGGUUCAUCUGGUCCAUCAGAAGUAGGAUUUGAAGGUAGUAAAGGUGAAGUUGGUGAUCCUGGUCUUCCUGGAGAUUGGGGUGUUGAUGGCAUUGAUGGAGAGCCAGGUGCUCCCGGUGCUCCAGGUUUGCCAGGAUUGCAGGGCUCCCCUGGAAGUCCAGGACCAAGAGGUGCCAAUGCAAGAAAUGGUAUUAAGGGAGCAAGAGGCCCUAAAGGUGUUAGGGGUUUGCCUGGAUUUGAGGGAGAGAAAGGGCCACUGGGUGAUCGGGGUUUUGAUGGCCCUGAGGGAUUACCUGGAUUUCCUGGAGCUAAGGGAGGACGAGGUGACACAGGAUAUCCAGGGCUACCUGGAGAAAAGGGAAAUGAUGGUGAAACUGGAGAGGAUGGAUUUGAUGGUGCCAUUGGAGAGCCAGGUUUUGAAGGACCUAUUGGAGAAACAGGAAUGGCUGGUUUCCCAGGGGACAGGGGUGACAAAGGCAUUAGAGGCAGGCCUGGAGAAUAUGGAAGAAGAGGCUUACGUGGAACUCCUGGCAUACCAGGAAACCGUGGGAGAAAGGGAGAUCAAGGAGACCAAGGCCCACAAGGGCCAAAUGGACAAAAAGGAGAAGACGCUCCUCUCGGUCUGCCUGGACCUCCUGGAUUUGAUGGAACUCCUGGCUACCCUGGCAGAAAUGGUGUUAAAGGCAGAAAAGGAGAGGUUGGCCCUGAAGGUUUUGAUGGUAAUAAAGGUAUCAAAGGGGACACUGGUGUUGGCAGGCCUGGACCUAAAGGAGCACCUGGAGAGCCUGGCUUCCAAGGCAUUCCUGGCCGACCUGGCCAGAAAGGACAAAGUGGUUUAGCAGGAGAAAAUGGAUUUAGAGGCAUGUCAGGAGACAAAGGUUUCAAGGGUAGAGCAGGCCGUCCUGGCUCUGAAGGGGAUCCAGGACCCAUUGGUAAAGAGGGCUACCCUGGAAAACCAGGUGAAAGAGGUCUGAAAGGAAAUCCUGGCAGGCCUGGCGCACCUGGACCAAGAGGUUUAAAGGGUUUCAGAGGUGAACAAGGAGAAGAGGGCGGGAGGGGCAUGAAGGGAGCUAAGGGAGACAAAGGUUUGGCAGGAAGACCUGGUCCUGAAGGACCUAAUAAUAUAAUCUUGCAUGAUCGUGUUGGGCCCAAAGGAUUUAAAGGUGAAACUGGUAGCCCAGGUCCCAGAGGAAAUCAAGGAAUGAAAGGUAUUCAAGGUCCUAAAGGUGUAAGGGGUGUGAAAGGUGACUUGGGCGAAGAUGGGCAACCAGGUUUUUUUGGUGAAAUGGGUUUAGAGGGUUUCAGUGGCACUCCUGGACGGGAUGGCAUACCUGGUUUACCUGGUUCAGCUGGUCCUAUAGGUGAUAUUGGGGAACCUGGCCAGCCUGGCACUGGGCCCGGUAUUGUUUUCACAAGGCACAGUCAGACAACUGGAUUAGCCAUAUGUCCAGAGGGAACAACAAAAUUAUGGGAUGGCUACUCAUUAUUGUUUGUCAUGGGUAAUGGCCGUGCUCAUGGCCAGGACUUGGGUUCUGCCGGCUCCUGUCUCACCCAGUUCAAUGUCAUGCCCUUCAUGUUCUGCAAUAUCAACGGGGUUUGCACAGUAGCAUCACGAUCAGACUACAGCUACUGGUUGAGUUCACCGCAGGCUAUGACCAACUCCAUGGCUCCUGUAAGUGGGGAAGCCAUCAGAGACUACAUCAGUAGAUGUGCUGUUUGUGAAACUCCAUCACCAAUUAUAGCCGUCCAUAGUCAAGACAUUGUGGCCCCGUCUUGUCCAUUUGGAUGGUCUGAAGUUUGGGUUGGCUACAGCUUUAUCUUGAGCACUGGAGCUGGUUCCCAAGGAUCUGGCCAGCCCUUAGACUCACCAGGCUCUUGCCUUGAAGAUUUCAGGCCACAGCCUUUCAUAGAGUGCCAUGGCCGUGGUACGUGCAAUUACUAUGCCACAUCAUACAGUUUUUGGAUGGCCACUAUAGAAAACAGCACGCAGUUCAGUCAGCCUAUAGCUGAAACUAUUAAAUCUGGGGACCUCCGUAGGAGAGCCAGCAGGUGUGUUGUAUGCAUCAAAAACUUUCCCUCAGAUCUAGACUUUUUUAGAAUGAACAAAAAAUAAUGCAGUAGUUCAUUUUCUAGGGGAUUUUUGAGAGGAUGUCUUUUUUUUAAUUAUUUUUAUAACUGGCCACUUCAAAGAUUUCAGAGCCUACUCUGUGUUUACAUCUUGACUGUGUUAUUAAGUAAAUCAUUGUCAAUUUAGAAGCUUCAUACAGCUAUUAUCCAUGAGUUUUUGUUUAAUUAGAUAGCUGGUCGUAUAUCAUAAAUUGUAUAAUGGAUGUAGCUUGCUCUCAAACACAAGGUAUGCAUGUUCCCAGAGGCUCAAUAAUCUCUUUUGUGACAUAGCAACCUAUACGUCUGCUGACUGGGUGUGAAAGGGACAUAACAGUUACAUAUAUAAAUGUCUGGAUGAAAGUUGAGUCUGAACACAAUUUUUUUUUUUUUAAUGGUGUCUCUUGUGUACAACUGAUUUCAUGAAGGUGCUACUUUUUUUUUUAUGAAUUCACAGAAUGUAAUAAAUUUUAUACUUUUUUUUUUUAAUUCAUUUUGUUCCAUUAUAACACUCAGUACACUAUUAGUCAAUGACUUCUUGUGCUUGGCUGUUUCCUCUUGUAACCUUAACAAUAAACUAUUGAAACUGCUGAAGAUUUUUUUCAUACAUUUAGAGUAACCAGCAUUUCAAGAAAAAAAACGUGCCUUCUUAAAUUACAUAUUUUUAUUAUAUUGAAGAGUCUAUGUAUUGCUAAAACAUUUUAAUUGAUAUGCUACUUUUCUACAAUACAUCUCCGUACAUUUUCAAUUGUGUAUUUCUAUAACUAAAUCUAGGCAAAGGAUAUUGUGCAAUCAUGUACAGCCUAUUUUUUUUACUUGAGUAUUUCACCAGUCUUUAUAUUUAAUGUUAAGAGACUUAGAUUGAAAAAAGAAAAUGUUCUUUUUUUUCUUUUUUUUUUUUUCAAAUUUAAAUCUUGACAAUAAAAAAAAAAACAGUAAAUAAAUCAUAAAUGUUUAAUAUUGAACAAAAAAUAAAAUUUAGUUGAAAUUAAA